AUGCAGUCGGUCCACAUCAAGCACGGCUCAAUCCGACAGGGCAAGUUUGACAUUUACUGGAGCAAGGACAAUGAGUGGGCCAUCAUCGACGAGGAGGAGGAGGAGAACGAGCGCAGGCUGAAGGAGCUUCAUCGCCUGAGCACGCGAUACUGGAGCGCUGGUCUCUUGGUUGUCCUGGUACCCGCUAUGUGCGGUCUACUUUGGUGCUGCCGAUUCAGAAGACGCCUCUAA